AUGUCAUGGGCAGAUCUGCCGCCAGAGCUUGUCUGCCGCAUCGCCGACGGACUUGAUGACCUCAAGUGCUACGCGAGUGCGCGGGGAACAUGCUCGACUUGGCGUUCCGCGCUCACGCCACCGUCUCCGUCGUUGCUCGUGGACCACGGCGACGACCCCAUCAAGCGCUACAUCACCACCGCCAUCAAGCGUCGUACCACUGCAGCCUCGAUCCUCACGCGUCGCUCCUUCGGGCUCAAUCCCAUCCCUUCAGGCAAGCUCUGCCCCUCCGCGUGCCACUCAUUCAACCUCACCACAAUUCCCUCGGUUAGGACCUAUCUUGGCUGCUGUGGCGGAUGGCUUUCCCUCUCCGUCUGCAUCGACGGUGGUCAUAGUCUACUCAGCCUCUUCCACCCAGUCAUGGCUGCCGAGAUCCUCCUGGCCCCGCUGAUCUACGACAGCCGCCUCGUCUCCAAGAUGGUCUUUGCGCCCAACCCCACCACUGACUACUUCCUGGCCGCCGUGAUAUGUGACAUCAAUAGGCUUGCCUAUGUCACCGCUGGGGCCAGGAGGUGGGCCGUCCUCGACCCCAUCUGCCUCGCCGCUGGAGACCAGAUCGUCGACCUCCUCUACCACAAAAAUGGUAUGGUCUACUGCCUCACUCGGUUUGGAGAUGUCCACGUGCUCCACCUGCCACAGCGCCGCCGCCGUGAACCUGUCAUCCUCGAGCUAAACGCGCCGGCUACUGUGGAGACAUUGUUGCCGUCUGUGGGAAGCAACCUACCGUUCGAUGCCGCCACCAGUUUCGCCCCGCCAUAUAAUACAAUCUCAACUUUCACUAGUGUUAAUAACAUUGUGUUCUGCGAUGGUAACCUAUACCAAAUCUGGAGGAAUGCGACCUGCACGGUUAUUUUGCAGCUGCCAGGAGGGGGUCGUUGCCGUGUAGAACAUGACGAAAUAUUUGUUUUAAGGUAUGACCCCCAGCGCCGACCAUAUUGGGACAUCGUGGCCGACUUAAGGGGACACUCAGUGUUUGUUGGGAGGAACAAUGCAGUGUCGAUAUAUGCGGAAGGUGUUCCGGGACUCAAGGGUGAUUGUGUGUACUGGAUCGGUGGGAGAGGUAGGGACCGGGGCAUGGUCUAUGACAUGAAAACUGGCAGGUCAACACCUUGCAUUCCCCUCAUGGAUGGUGUCGUUCCGGGGUCUCCACAAAGCACAAUCUGCUGGUACUUUCUAAGUGAUGAAUGA